AUGGAUCCAAUUGUAUUGAGAGACCUAGACCGUGGACUAGGAUCCCAAAUCCCGCUCUUCUUGAAUCUUUUAAGGCGUCAGAAUAUUCCAAAGGAGUGUCUUGUGUGCGCCGAAGAAAAGUUUGAGAUCGAUUACGGCUCAUGGGAACAGUGGAGCCAAGCGUGUGGGAGAUUCAGUGGCCCUUGGACGUGGACCGUGUUGGAAUACCCUAUCAGCGCAAACCAGCACUGUACGCAUUCGCUUGACGUCUGCCGGCUAUGUGUGGCAAAACAUAUUUCCGUCAGUCUUGAAAACGGCAAUUUCGAACACAUUACGUGCCCCCAGUGCGACCGCCUCUUUACCUAUAAUGAGAUCAAGAAACUGUGCCAUGACGAUACCUUUAGAGAAUACGACAAACGUCUGCUUCUCCACACACUCUGCAAGGAACCUAAUUUCCGCUGGUGCUUGUCUCUGGGGUGCGAGAGUGGACAGAUACACGACAAUAUUGACCCUACACUCGCAGCUGUACAGUGCCAGGAGUGUGAGUUCAGGAUGUGCUUUCGCCAUGAGCGUCCCUGGCAUGAUGGCCUUACGUGUGCUGAGUUUGAGGACUCACUUGAAUAUGGAGAUCCGAAGUACAAGGAAACGCAAGCGAUCAUUGAAAAGAGCACCAAAGCGUGCCCCAACUGCAAUGUUCGAAUUGAGAAGGGGCCUGGUUGCUUUCAUAUGACAUGCAAGUAUACCCUCAAGCCCUUCUGCUGGGAAUGUUUAGUCUCCUGGCACUUGGUGAAGGUGAAUUAUCUGAAUCAUCGUCCUGACUGCUUCUUUCGUAGAGGUGCCUUAACGCCAACUCAGGUCACCGGCACAGAUCUAGGUACGGCAUUGCGACCAUAUGCGGGAAUUGGUGUUUGA